AUGUCACUGCAAAAACCCCCAAACUCGAUCAAGAUCCUGACGGGCAACUCGCACGUCAAGUUCGCGCAACAGAUAGCGGAGUACCUGAACAUGACGAUCGCAGAUAUCCAUGUGAUCGAGUUUUCCAACAGAGAAAGCGCCGUCUUGGUGAAGGAGAGCAUCAGAGACGAGGACGUUUACAUAAUCCAGACGGGGUGUGGCGGACCCGAGAAACUGAACGACUAUCUGAUGGAACUGUUGUUCUUGGUGCACGCGUGCAAGUCUGCCUCGGCAAGACGCAUAACCGCGGUUGUGCCCAACUUCCCUUACGCCAGACAAGAUAGGAAAGAUAAGAGCAGAGUGGCCAUCUCCGCGAAGCUGGUGGCUAAUCUGCUCGUCACCGCAGGGUGUCACCACGUCAUCACAAUGGACUUGCAUGCGUCUCAGAUUCAAGGAUUUUUCAACAUUCCUGUCGACAACCUUUACGCCGAGCCUGAGGUGCUGAAAUAUAUAAACUUGAAACUGUCCACGACAGACCUGGUGAUCGUGUCACCUGAUGCAGGCGGAGCUAAACGUGUUGCUUCGCUAGCGGACAAGCUGGAUACUCCGUUUGCCUUGAUCCACAAAGAGCGAGCCAAGGCAAACGAGGUGAGCCGCAUGGUUCUUGUGGGAGAUGUGACAGGUAAAGUGUGUGUUUUGGUGGAUGACAUGGCCGACACGUGUGGCACAUUGUGUAAAGCGUCCGAUCUGCUUUUGGAGAAAGGUGCCAAAUCGGUGGUUGCCAUGGUGACCCACGGAAUCUUUAGUGGCCAAGCGAUCCCAAGGAUCAACCAAGGGUCGUUGGAAAAAAUUGUGUGCACAAACUCGAUGCCCUUGACUGCCAUGGCAGAGGUGUGUCCCAAACUAGAAAUUAUCGAUAUUUGUCCGACAUUGGCAGAAGCUAUCAGGAGACUCCAUAAUGGAGAGUCUGUGUCAUAUCUGUUUACCAAUGCUGUAUGA